ACCUGAGAGACAGGAGAGCAGCUGGAAGAGGUAUCCAGCCAGAAGAAGCAGUUGGAGCAGAGGACCUUGGGAGCAGAAGGGAACUGGUCACCAGAUGGGGAUCUGGGGACACAGGAAAAAGUGGCUUUGUCCUGCAGCCGUCAGGAAAGGCCAGGCUGUCCCAAGGGGCCAGUGGAGGAGCUAGAAGCGGUGGGGACAGAGAGGCCUCUGUGAGCGGAAGCGCCCAGCUGGCUGGAACCCACAAUCCUCUUGGGGCCCGCCUGGCGCAAGAGAAAGGGGCCCCAGAGUCGGCGGUGCCUGUGCCAGGGGACCCUCAGCGAAGAGUGCCGGGGGAGCUAGAGGGAGAAGGUGGACCCUCGGAGCGGGUACGCUCCGCAUCCUUGUCCUACGAGGCCACCUGGGGACAGGUUUUCAUCAGGGGGCCAGGCUUCGCCCCUCGGAGGGGUGGGCAGGGCAGUCAACCCCAGAAAGGGCUGAUCUGCGGCGAGAGGCCUGGUGUGGUCGGGGUGGGGAGCAGAAGGGGGUCCGUGAGGCCGGGAGCGAGGCAGAGGUGGGGGAUCCCGCCCCCCGCCAGCGCUGGGACCGCGGUCCCUCUCAGCACCGCGGCGGGAGCGCGCCGGGCGCUGGCCCCUCGGCCGGAAAAUCAAACCUGGCUGGCGACCUCUCAGCCAAUCGGGGAGGAGAUGGGCCAGCCUCAGCCAAUGGCCGCCGCGAAUGCUAAUGAGGGGUUGACGCCACGAGGAGGCCCAUUCAAAAAGUAGCAGCUAUUGUAGCGGCCGGUUGCGCGCGCCGGCCGGGCCCCGCCGUCCAGCCGCCCGGGGACCCAGCCCCGGGCGCGCCCAGGACGGAGCCCGACCAGCGGGCGCCCAUGGCCGGAGCCGCGAUGGCCGAGCCGGGCCGCGGGCCGCCCGCCGCACCCGCGCCGGGCACCGAGGGGCUGCCGCGCGCCUUCCUGCAGAGCCUGCGCACCCUCUUCGACAUCCUGGACGACCGGCAGCGGGGCUACGUGCACCUGCGCGAAAUCGAGUCCCGCUGGCAGGGCGCCGACGCGCGCGAGCUGCCCCGCGGCGUGCUCGAGGGCCUGCGCCAGGUGGCCCCGGCCAGCGGCUACCUCACCUUCGAGCGCUUCGUGGCCGGCCUGCGCACCUCGCUGCUGAGCGCCGACGGCGGCCCGCGGGGCCAGGCGCGCGCCCCGGCCCGGGGAGGCUGCCCGGCGCGGCCCGGGGGCCAGCUGCCGCCGCAGCGCCUGGUGUUUGCACCGGCCGACGAGCCGCGGACGGUCCUGGAGAGGAAGCCUCUGCCGCUGGGCGCGCGCCCCUCGCCGGCCGGCCCCAGCGGCGCGACCCGGAUCCUAGAGAAGCUGUGCUGCCAGGCCGAGGCGGCGCCCGGCCCCGCGGAGCCCGAGCGGCCCCAGGGGGCGGCGCUGGAGCGGAGCCCAAGCGCGGACGCUGGUGCAAUGGCCUGCAGGGCCCGGGAGCUAGGUGUGGGGGACUCCCAGCGGGCCCCCCGUGCUCGAGGGGAGCGUCGGAGGCACACCAUCACCAACGGUGUGGACUGUGAUCUGCUGAAGCAGAUGAAGGAGCUGGAGCGGGAGAAGGAGGUGCUGCUGCAGGGUCUGGAGAUGAUGGCGCACGGCCGGGACUGGUACCAGCAGCAGCUGCAGCACGUGCAGGAGCGCCAGCGCCGCCUGGGCCAGAGCAGGGCCAGCACUGACUUUGGGGCUGAGGGGAGCCCCCGCCCGCUGGGGCAGCUGCUGCCCAAGGUACAGGAGGUGGCCCGGUGCCUGGGGGAGCUGCUGGCUGUGGCCUGUGCCAGCAGGGCUCUGUCCUCGUCCUCGGGGCCCCCGUGCCCUGCCCCGGCCCCCGCCUCACCCUCGGCUCCCGGCGUGCCCUCCCGUAGGCUCUGUCCUCGUCCUCGGGGCCCCCGUGCCCUGCCCCGGCCCCCGCCUCACCCUCGGCUCCCAGCUGGCAGCAGCAGACCAUCCUCAUGCUGAAGGAGCAGAACCGGCUCCUCACCCAGGAGGUGACCGACAAGAGCGAACGAAUCACGCAGCUGGAGCAGGAGAAAUCUGCCCUCAUCAAGCAGCUAUUUGAGGCACGUGCCCUCAGCCAGCAGGACACUGGGCCUCUGGACUCCACCUUCAUCUAGCUGCCACAGGCACGGACACAGACACUGGGCCCCUCAGCCCGGCCUGGCACUCAGCCCCGGGUGGGUACCCCCUUGACUCCACCUCUCAGGCUGAAGACCACCCGGCCGGCCUGGACACAGCCCUCCCUCCUCUCUUCCCAUCUGGGGUGCCCCAGACGCCCCCAACCCCAAGUGGAGCCAGCAGGUGGGCUGCUCCCUAGAUGUGCUGCAGCCCGGCACGCUGACUUGGUCCUGGCCUCCCAGGCUGGACUGGGGCGGGGCUUCAUCCUGCCGACACAAUCUGAAGCUGCUACUGCCACUGUCGGUCGACAGUGGGGGCCCCUCCUCGUGUUUACCGGAUCUCGGGUAGCCCUGGCAGGCUGGGCUUGUCGGGAGCCCGCCCACGUUUACAGUUGGCCUGCCUCUUGGACCUGGGGUCUCCAGGAAAAGGUACUGGUCACACUAGGCUGCACUCCUGAAAGCGGCCAGCAGAGGGUGCUGCGUGCACUGUCAUAGGCCCUGCCUGGAGCCCCCACCGCAGGUCUCAGAUGGGGGCCGGCAGGAGGGGACUCUGGGAUGGGCUGGGACACCCGAGGGCCCAAGGGCAUCUUCCCUCAACCCAGGGCACCCACAUUAGGGGGCCGCCCCUCAGCGGGGGAAGAUGGUAGGGGUGGGAAAUGGCCUCUAAGAGGAGGGUCUGCCUGCGUGGAGUUCUGGGGGAGCUCCCCAGGAUGGUGGUCAGGGUUCAUGCCUGGGCCAAGGCUGCUUACCCCCUCCCCACAGACCUCAGACCCUAAACCAACUUGGGUUAGCUGUCAUCCCUCCUGGCCAAGACUCCACAGAGCAACAUGUGACCCAGGCUCAGGGCCUGUGCCCGCAAGGCCACGUGAGCAGGCUAUGGUCACGGGGUGGCUCCUGGGACCAUAGCCACCUCCUAUAGGCCAAGCACCCCCACCACAGCCCACCCAACUGAUUGCCCAGGUACGGGGGCCUCUCACACCUCCACCCCCCAACCCCUAGUUUGGCCCCAGGUCUGGGCUGGGAGAGAACACUUCCGCUCAGCCAUGGAAAAGGGGAACCACAGAGCUCAGGAAAAGGCUGGGAGACACCUGCUCAGCUGGGCCUGCUAACGGCACCUCCACCCCAGGAGAGGCCCAGUGCUCUGUGCUGCCAUCCCCACGGGGACCCCCAAGGCAAGGGCACAGUGACAUCAAGGACAGGUUAUGAGGGAGAGGGCCGCAGAUGCGGGGGGUGGGCAUGCAUGGGGCACAGGAGCACACCUGGAGAGGUUGGGCGCAGCCCUGGAAGACACCCCGGCCACAGGGAAGGGAUCCUGGCUGCAGGCCAGGUGCUCCCUUCCAGCCCCAGCUCUGUGCUAACCUGCCAGCAGCAACCUGGACCAGCCACUGACCCUACUGCGCUCAGGGCCUGGGGGGCGAGCAUCCCAAGUCAGGCCCAAAUCAGCCCAGUGUGCACACGGCCCUCCUCGGAGGAUGGGUGUGGGUUCUCCUAGGGGCCUGAGACCCUAUACCACCCCCCAGCCUAGACCUCCUGGGCAGGCUCCCUGGGAGGGGAAACAGGAAGAGGAGCAGGCCCUAAAGGGCAAGAUAGCCUCCAGCACCCAGCAGACCUGUGGUGCAGUGGUUAGACCACUGCCAGCCAGGAGAGAUCCUCCCAAUCGUCAGGGUGGGGCCUACCUACCAGGACCUCCCCAAAUCUGCCACUCCCCUUCCAUCCCACAACCAGUCCCCCCACACCAGCCCAGGCCCCAAGCCCACCCUCACUAGGAGUCCCUCUGCUCACAGGUUCUCCAAACACAGCCCCCGACAUUUCCAGAACUGAAAACUGCACCUUCCUCUGCCCCUGACUCUUCCAUGACCCCAUCACUCAGAGCAAAUCCAGGCCCCAAACAGUGUGGCCUCCACAGGCCCCACCUGAGUCCCUCCAGUAGCCCGGGCUGCAGCUGAGCAGAGCCUUUCCCAUCUCUGGGCUUUGUCCAUGCUGUUCCUGCCAUUCCUGCCUCAUGGAGCUUGAUCCUACCAGCCCUUGUCCCAGCCCUCCAGGCAGACAAGCAGUGAAGGAAUCUGCAGAGGCCACAACAGGGAAGGUGGUGCCUUGGGGCAAGCAGGGGGUGGCCAGCGUUCCCCUGAGGGUGUCUGCCAGGCCUGGGGCAUCCUGCUUUCCCUCUGAUGUCUUCACAGAACUUGGGAGGCAGGAGAUGGAACAUAGUGUCUGCCCAGGCUGACUUUCAUCAGAAAACCUCACAACCUUCAGCUGCAGGGUGGAUGUGAAAGGAGCUGGCUAAGCAGAAGGCGACUGAGGAGAGGGCCCUCUCAGCCCUGGUGUUCCGUGCAGGGUGGAAAAACAUGUCCUCUUCGUUUGCAGCCUGAAACCAGGCUACCCGUCUCACCCUAGAGACCUCAGGGGAGAAUUUUAAGUGGCCCCAGGUUGGCAGGGCCUGCGUGAGUGGCAGAAGCAAACACUCAUCCUCUUGAACAGGCUCUCAGCCUCACAAGAGGGAUGUCUGGGGCAGAGGAAGUCUCUGUGGGACUCAGAGUAAGCCCCGUGCACUGUAGGACGUUUGGCAGCAUCCCUGGCCUCUAUCCAGCAGAUGCCAACAGCACACACACACACUCUCAGUUGUGACAACCAAAAUGUCUCCAGGCAUUGCCCAAUGUCCUGGGAGGGGGGGUCGCCCAGGUUGCGAAUCUAGAAGGAUGCAGCUUCACGAAGCCUCAAGGAUUCGAUGUCAAUCAAGUUCUGAAGAAAAUGAGUACCUCCAGGUUAAAAAUUGUGGACACAUACCACAAGGAAAUAAUCCACCAUGAGGGCCAGCAGAAACAAGAGAUGGGUUCUGUAGACGUUCCAGAUACUGGAAUUAUCAGAUAGAGAAUAUAACUAUGUUUUAUCUAAAGGAAUAAAAGAUCCUUGAAAAUAUGAA